UCAGUCAGAAUCAAUAUUUACAGUCCAGUUCCCCGUUUCGAUACAAACGAGGCCCAGAGUCUGCCUUCCGCCAAACACAGCGGCGAUUUGCCCGAAGUUCUCGUUUCUGCCGCCGCACAUUUAUACUCUCAUCUAUCGUUUUUUUCGGCAACUCAGUUUCUAUAUCUAACCUCCCAACUCUUUCUUCAAGUCACACAGAAGAAUGUCUCAGGUGGUGGCGACUAGAUCGAUUCAGAACUCUCUCCCGAGCCAUGGUCGCGGAGCACUGCGCGGGAGAGUGGAGAAGCUCAAUCCUGCUUGCUUAAGCUCGAAUAUUUUGGCUUGGAGUGAACAGAGCAAAAGUUCUAAAGCUGUGCGGCUUAAUUCACCGGUUGUUACUGCCAAAGUAUCUUCACGCGCCGAGCCCCAAAUCCUUCCCGUGUCUCCUGACGAUGUUUCACAGGGUGAAGACCAAAUUCAGUAUUCAACGGCAAUUCAGCAACAUGGUGACACCUCUGUUGGUAUGUGGUCUAAACCUAUAGUGAGACGCAAAACAAAGAUAGUUUGCACAAUUGGUCCUUCUACCGACACUAAGGAAAUGAUCUGGAAGCUGGCUGAAGCUGGAAUGAAUGUUGCACGCCUCAACAUGUCUCAUGGAGAUCACACUUCUCAUCAGAAAGUGAUUGAUUUGGUUAAGGAAUAUAAUGCCCAAGCAAAAGACAAUGUUAUUGCCAUCAUGCUUGAUACCAAGGGUCCUGAGGUUAGGAGUGGUGAUUUACCCCAACCUGUAAAUUUGAAAAGUGGACAGGAGUUCACCUUCACUAUUAAAAGAGGGGUUGGCACAGCUGAUUGCGUCAGUGUAAACUAUGAUGAUUUUGUAAAUGAUGUUGCAGUUGGGGACAUGAUUCUUGUUGAUGGUGGAAUGAUGUCUUUAGCGGUGAAGUCCAAGACGGAAGAUUCAGUGAAGUGUGAAGUUAUUGAUGGUGGAGAGCUUAAAUCUAGACGGCAUCUUAAUGUUCGCGGCAAAAGUGCCACCCUUCCAUCUAUUACUGAAAAGGACUGGGAUGACAUCAAAUUUGGAGUGGACAAUAAAGUUGACUUUUAUGCUGUCUCUUUCGUCAAAAGUGCUGCAGUGGUCCAUGAGUUGAAGAGUUAUUUGAAAAGCUGUGGUGCUGACAUUCAUGUUAUUGUCAAAAUUGAGAGUGCAGAUUCCAUUCCAAAUUUGCAUUCAAUAAUAACUGCGUCUGAUGGGGCAAUGGUUGCAAGAGGUGACCUUGGUGCCGAGUUACCAAUCGAAGAAGUUCCGAUAUUGCAGGAAAAAAUAAUCAGUAUAUGUCGAAGUAUGGGAAAAGCUGUCAUUGUUGCUACAAAUAUGCUGGAAAGCAUGAUUGUCCAUCCAACCCCAACCCGAGCAGAGGUAUCAGAUAUUGCAAUUGCAGUCAGAGAGGGCGCAGAUGCUGUUAUGCUUUCGGGUGAAACAGCUCAUGGAAAGUUUCCCCUUAAAGCUGUCAAAGUUAUGCACACUGUCUCCUUGAGGACUGAAGCAACUAUAAUGGGUGGUGAAACCCCGUCCAACCUAGGCCAAGCCUUUAAGAAUCAUAUGAGUGAAAUGUUUGCUUUUCAUGCGACGAUGAUGUCAAACACCCUUGGAACCUCUAUCAUUGUCUUCACAAGGACGGGUUUCAUGGCUAUUUUACUGAGCCACUUCCGACCUUCUGGCACUAUAUUUGCCUUCACAAAUGAGAAGAGGAUACAACAGAGGUUGGCAUUAUACCAAGGUGUAUGCCCUAUAUAUAUGGACUUCUCGGCCGAUGCUGAAGAGACCUUCACGAAUGCGUUAUCACUGUUGAAGAAUCAAGGGAUGGUGAAAGAAGAGGAGCAGGUAGCGCUUGUUCAGAGUGGCAGGCAGCCGAUCUGGCGUCUUCAAUCUACUCACAUCAUUCAAGUUAGGAAAGUUUAGCCUGGAGCUUAGCGUUGUAUGUUGCUUUAUGAGUUUCCCCUUUUUAUGUAUCAUUUUUUUAAAUUAUAAAUAUCAAGGAUGACAGUAUUUAUGAAUAAUACCAUUCAAUUUUCAUUAGCAAAUAUUGUUACUGUUAUUACUUUAUUUUUCUCACAGGUUGUUUAAUAAAAGCACAUCAAACUAUUCAAGAAGUGUUUGUUAUUGCUAUUGAAAAGAAGUUAAAAUCAGUGUUUUCGAUUCAAA